UAUAGUGAAGAUAAGACCAAAAGAAGACGAAAAGGUUAUAAGUUGAGCGGAAAAAAGAUUUGUUUAUUGGAUAACCGGUGUUGGAAAGUUCAAGGUACUUGCUUCCAAACAGCCAAAUAAAUGGUAAUACGCGAGGAGUUUCUAAAACACGGACAAAUUGCGAGGUCACGAAAUCGACGAGAAACCAUUUUACGUGGCAACAUACACGCCAGAACCAGAACCAAAAUCCGAAUUCUCGGCGCUCUAGGUUUAACAAUAACUACCAUACCAAGAUGGGCAGCAACUCCAAAGCUGACCCCAUCUCGCUGACCUUCCACGACUCCUGCCUGAGGAUGUCUGAUGUCCAAUUGCUUCAUGGACCGCACUGGCUGAACGACCAGAUCCUGAGCUUCUACUAUGAGUACCUGUCCCACAUGAAGUACAAGACGAACGCGGACCUGCACUUCAUCGCUCCGGAGGUGACACAAUGCAUGAAGUAUAUGGAUAACCAGGAGCUGAGACAGCUACUCGACCAGAGUCAUGCGACUGGAAAGCCCUUCAUCUUCUUCGCCCUGAAUGACAACGAGAGCACCGAAGCCGGUGGCACACACUGGUCGCUGUUGGUUUUCUCGCGGCCGGAAAAGACCUUUUAUCACUUUGAUUCGUACGGGAACAACAAUACGGGAAACUCCGUGGAGCUAAUGAACAAAAUUAAGGACCUGCUGGGCGCACGCCAGGCCAAAUUUAGGCCAAUGCGAUGCCUUCAGCAGGCGAAUGGCUACGAUUGCGGAAUCCACGUCAUCUGCAUGACGGACCAUAUCGCCGACUACCUAAACAGGUACGAGGUGAUUGACGGACUGCCCACUCUGCACAUUGACACCGUGAAGGCCAAACGCACGGAGCUACUAAAACUCAUACUUUCGCUGGGCGGCAAGGGCUAAAUCCUGUCAGGGAUUCCCCGAAUUACUAGUAUUAAGUGACCAAAUUAAGGAUGUACCUUGUUGCCGGAUGAAGAGAGGGGACCACCGGGAUAACAAAUGUGAAUGCGAUAUCCUUGAUAUUGAUAAUUUUAAUUUAUUUAGUUCCCCUUGCCGAAUAAAAAUGUUUAUUUGAAGAGCAGUGCCAGGCACUAAAAAAAAAAAAGGAAAAAAAAAAACCAACACAAACAAAUGCUCCCUGAAACCUGUGCGUCGGCAUAUCUUUAAGUUAGGUCUUUUAAAUAAAGAUUUGUUUAUCCACAAAGCGCGUUGGACUCGAAUUCAGCAUUCUAA